CGCUCAUCCAAGAGCAGGCUUCUUCUGCGCUAACAAGAAAGAGAGAGAAGGCAGCUUUGCACGGAUCUCUUUCUGCUGGAGGGCGCCGGCAGCUCACGCACGCAGAGCCCAAGCAAGGAGACCUGAAGUCGACUGGCAAGCCCAACAAAAAGACCGCAGGGCAGGGUGCCGGAGAAUGGACUACUUUAAGACGGCUGCGACGGCGCUGCUGUCCAAGGGCGGCCCGCUGCCCAACUACAACAUCGGCGAGCGCGAAGCCUGGUUCGAGGGGAGGACGAUCUGGAGCCUGCACGAAGGCACGAAGAGAGACGACUCCUCGCCAUGCAGCAUCCUCAUCUUUGACGCAAUGGUGCCGUCGCACAACCCGCGCAAGUCGGUGCUUCCGCUUGCCAAGAAUGCACUCCGGAAGUUGCGGACGACACGGCAUCCUGAUGUGGUCAAGCUGCUCGACAGCGCAGAGACUCCUACGGCUGUCUACAUCGUCGUGGAGCAGGUCAGACCGCUGGGGAGGGCUCUCGAAGAGAUGAAGGCCAAGCCGGAGCAGCGGGCGGAGUGGGUCGGAUGGGGCCUCAGCAAGAUUGCUGAUGCUGUCAAAUUCUUAAACUCCGACACCGGGUCCACUCAUGGCCUGGUCAGGCUGGAGAGCAUCUUCCUAGCCAGCAGCGGUGAAUGGCGCCUGGCCGGAUUUGAGCUCCUGAGCUCUCCCAAGGACGAAUCUCCCGUUCUCUAUAAUCAGGGCAGCCUGGUGCCCGACGCUGCGCGCUGCGCACCUCCAGAGGUCAAGCAGCAAGGGUGGGGAGUCUUGAGGGACCUUCCGCCACACCCGAUGGAUUCGUUCGGAUUCGCUCUUCUUGUCAUCGAAGCAUACAACGGCAGCCUCCCUCCCAGUAUCAGCGCUGUACCCCCUCAGGGCCAAGUCCCCGCGCCCAUCUAUGCUCUUGUGCGGCGAAUGAUGGUGCCAAACGCAAAGAACCGACUGCCGGUCGCCAAUCUACUCGAAGCCGGCCAAGCCGAUGGCGGCUUCUUCACCGAGAAUCGACUGGUCAAGGUAGCAAGCGGUCUCGACGGCUUCAUGCUCUCGCGCGAAGAUGAAAGGGCCGAAAUCAUGAGACAACUCAAGUCUUCGUCGGACAGCUUCCCGCCCGAAUUCUUGCACUACAAGGUCCUGCCCACUCUCGUCAAUGCUCUUUCGCUUUCGUCGAGCCCGCAGAACGUGGGUAGCCCUACGCUGCAGGCUAGCAAGAUUCUUCCCCUUGUGCUCCAACUCGGGGCAAAGCUGCCGGACAAGGAAUGGAGCCGGAGCCUCUCGGCCCCGCUUCUCAAGGCGUGGACGAGUGCCGAUCGAGGAGUGCGAAUGACGCUGCUCGAGAGCCUGGAGCUGUACAUGGACCGCCUCGAGGCAAAGAGGAUCAGCGACAGCGUCUGGCCCAAUCUCAUCACUGGCUUUGGCGACUCGGCACCCGUCAUUCGCGAGGCUACUGUCAAAGCCAUCCUGCCCCUGUCGGAGAAGCUCUCGGAGCGCAUUCUCAACAACGAUUUGCUCCGGCAGCUGGCGAGAAGCCAAGUCGACAACGAAGCGGGUAUCCGAACCAACACGACGAUCCUCUUGGGCAGGCUAGCGCCGAAACUCAACCUCCAAACAAGAAAGACGGUCCUGAUCCCUGCUUUUGCGAGGAGCAUGAAAGACCCCUUUGUCCAUGCCCGCGUCGCCGGCAUCAUGUCACUUAUGGCCACGGGCGAGAGCUACGAUGGCGACGACGCAGCCAAGCAGAUCAUCCCCGCCAUUGCUCCAUGCCUCGUCGACAAGGAAAAGAUGGUGAGAGACCAAGCAUUCAUGGCCAUGAAGAUGUUCAUGGAGCGUGUCAAGGACAAGGUCAAGACCAUGCCCGACACGGCCCUUCCUCCCGAGCAGCAGCAGCAGGAGGCUGGUUCCGCAUCAUCCAUGGCAGCAACAGCUUCUGCCAAUGGCUCCUCUGCCACGCCAGGCUCGUGGGCCGCCUCGGCCUUGGCAGGAUGGACGCAAUCAGCAUUUGCCAAACACAUCGAUACUGCCUCGCUGGCGGCGACGACGAUGGACGGCAAACAGACGCCCUCUGCCGUCUCAACGCCUCCCGUCCCUGCAGCCUCGCCGGCACCUUCGUCAUCGACGUCGGCCGCCAGCGAGGCCCCCUCAUGGUCCAAGCAAGGCGAUCUCAUGGAUGUCAACGACGACGAGGCCGACUGGUCUGGCUUUGAGACGGCACCACCCAAAAAGGCUGCCUCGCUGGGAGGUGCUCGGCGAAAGAUGGGCGCAAGGGCAGGCGGCGGCGGCGGCGGCAGCAGCAGCAGCAACAACAGGACCUCACGCGCACAGCCUUCCUUGUCCACUCGACCGAUUGCUUCCUCUUCCUCCUCUUCCUCUUUGUCUAUGCGCGCUUCGGGAGAUGCGUUGAGCGCUAUGACGCGCAAGAGCCUCGCCGUGGCCGAUGCUGGCGCAGCUGAUGAUGCCGCCUGGGAUGAACCACCGGAGGAAGAGGAAAAGGCGCCGCCCUCAGCAUCGACUGGCCAGCCUGCCGUGCAACGUACUGAGAGUCCAGCUUCUGCAUUCAAGAAGCCCGUGGAGGCAUGGGGCGAGGAGGGCGGAGCAGGUGCAGUGCCAGCACGGGCAGAAGAAGAUGAGCCAGGGACAGCGGUAAGAACAAGGACAGAGGCAGGGACGGGGGCAUCCGUCAACGAAACAGCAGCUUGGGGAGCAAUUGACGAUGCGUUUGAGGACGACCAGGAUGGCAAGGGCAAGUCCUCGUCUACGACAGCUUCAGCAGCAAUGACACGUGAAGAGCGUCGGGCUGAGAUGGAGCGCAAGCGCGAGGAGCGGAGACAGCGCAUGGCCCAGCUCAAGCAGUCCAAGGCUCAAAAGCUGGCCUCGGGUCUCGCAUGAGCCUACCCUUCCCACCCCUUCGCGCAGGCACGCGCACACUACUCCGGGGCGUACCGCGCAGCGCAGCACAGUGCAGUGCAUCCCAUGUUGCUUUGCAUCACAACACGCACAUGCAUAGCUGGCAGUUGCUCCUUGUAGUAAUGGAAGU